CAUGUUGGGUAGUUUUACUACCAGUUGUAGAUAUUAGAUUAUAGGUAAAGACACGAAAUAUACAAACAAAAAAUCCAGUUAUUAUUGACAUGUGAAUAUAACUGAAUUACACCUUUAUUUAAUGAAUAAAUGUAUUAUUACGGUUGACUAAAAACAAAAGAGGCACUUAACGAUGCAAGUUCGUGAUAUAAUCGAUGAAUCUAAACAAACGUAUCGAAUCCUGCAGUUUAUUUGCAUAUGACUUUUAAUCAAUUCAAUUUAAAAACGAAACUGCAUGUAUUUCAUUGAUGAUUUUGUUGAUAAAUUGAAUUUAAAUGCACGACUUAGCUUGUGGAUUUUAAUAAUUGUAUUUAAGGUUGACGUCAGUUUAUUCUUAAUUAUCCAAGCAGGAAGUUUGGAAAAAAGAAUCAGAGAUGGAAUAGUUGGAAGUAUUUAAUUCAUUGAUUUGUUUUUAAUUACCGUUUUACAUUCAUGACACUAAACUGUUAUGAGUUUUCUCUUAUUAUUAUUUUACACGGUGUAUUCCCUGUCACUAGUUUAUAGUGUAAACUCAGAGAAAGGAACAUAUUCGGACAAAGUUUGUUUUAGAACAACACGAAUAGAAGAUCCUAAAGGAUGGUUUUGUAAGGAGUAUCCGGAAUUUAAAUGUGAAAGCUUAAGAAAAGUUGUAGAAUAUGGAGAUGUGAUCUAUUAUCGUGCUGUACUAGACCAAUCCAAACGUUCGAAAGCUAUCAGUAAAGAUAUAGAGGAUCCUAUUGUACGAAAACACAAACAUAGUAAUAAUUUCAUAAUUUUUGAACAAGAAAUAGCAUACAAAAGAGUACCAAAGACAGCAGACACACAAUGGCCUAAUCUCUGGCACUUAAAUGGCAAUAUUUCACCUUCGAUGAAAGUGAGUGAAGCAUGGAGCCUUGGAUAUAAUGGAAGUGGUAUAAUUAUUGGUAUUGUAGACGAUGGUUUACAGACAGAUCAUUCAGAUUUGGAUGCAAACGUAGACACAGCAAUUGAUAAAGACGUUUACGACGACGACAGUGAUCCGUCACAUUCAGCAGGGGACAGUCAUGGUACAAAUGUAGGAGGACUUGUGGCUGCAGAGAUAAAUAAUGACGACUGCAUAGUUGGUGUUGCACAUCAAGCAACAUUAGUAGGAAUAAGAAUACUUGGCCCUGGUUCAGUAACAGAUUCACAGGAGGCAGAAGCAUUAGGAUGGCAAUUAACUGAUAUUGAUAUUUACUCCAAUAGCUGGGGACCAACUGAUGGUCAUGGGUUCGAGAAACCGGGAACAAUGACGAAAACUGCACUGGAAAAUGGAGUAACUAAUGGAAGAGGUGGUAAAGGUGUGAUUUUUACAUGGGCGGCAGGUAAUGGUGAAACAAAAGAUAACUGUAAUGCUGAUGGUUAUGCUAACAGUAUCUACACUAUAGCAAUAACAAGUGUACAACAAGGAGAAAAUGCAUGGUAUUCUGAGGUAUGCGCUGCAGCAAUGGCCGCAACAUACGGUGGCAGCAAUCAGGACCAGUAUUUGACAACAACGACCACAUCUUCUGGUUGUAUCAGUGAAAAUGUUCAAGGGACAUCGUUUUCAACGCCAAUUGCAUCUGGUAUUAUUGCUCUUGCGCUACAAGCCAACCCAAAAUUGACUUGGCGAGAUGUUCAGCAUUUAAUAGUCCUAACAACAACUAAAAGUGGAUUUUCAGACACUUAUUCUAGUUGGCAAACAAAUGGCGCUGGAAAAGAAUUUAGUCAAGUUCUUGGCUUCGGUUUUAUGGACGCACAAUCUAUGGUAACUCGAGCUAUUAGCUGGACCACCGUUCCGGUACAACGAACUUGCAACACGACAACGUUCACUGUAUCUGGAACAACGUCUGGUUCUUCACAUUCAUCAGACAGUAGAGCUAUUCAGAAUUCUGAUUGUUCCACUAUUUCUUAUCUAGAACACGUGACAGUUGAUAUAAACUUUUCAUACAAUCGAAGAAGAGGUGUGACUGAAUUUUAUCUGGUAUCACCAGACGGAACAGAGAGUCAUUUAUUACAUUACAGAUAUGCAGACGCUAUAUAUUAUUCGUCCGCGGGAUCAUUCAGUUGGACGUUUAUGUCAGUUCAUUUUUGGGGAGAAAACCCAAUCGGUACAUGGACAUUAAAAUUCAAAUCAUAUCAAGGUUUAUCUGCAGUCACUGUUACUUCUUGGUCUCUUACAUUUUAUGGAACGACAGAAGAUCCAGUGCCAGAUACAGACUUUUGUGUAUUGUCACCAUGUCAGAAUAACGGUACAUGUAGUAACAAUCAGUACUCCUACAGCUGUCAAUGUGCUGAUGAAUAUUCAGGCACAGACUGUGAAUCAACAGUGACUUCUACAAGUGAUGAUACUACAGCAUGUAAAACAUGCACAGAAGAAAGCAGUGUUGGACCGAUUAUCGCCGCAGUUUUAGGUGCUUUGGUUAUUUGUUCAGUUGUUGUCAUUGCAGGAGUACUAUACAGUAAAUCUUUUUCCAAGGUUUCUCCAACUGCUGCAAAAAACACAGCACAGCGUAAAAUUUGCUUCCAUAUAUGUCAUUGAUAUACCACGAUCCAAACCGAAACUCUAUAUUUUCAACGUGAAAACUUGGAGCAAUUAUUAAUUUAUUUCUAUUAGUUUCAAGGUUUUUUUUUCAAUCAAUGGAUGAUGAUAUCAUACAUGAAAAAUAGAGACUUUGUAAAAUUUAUCAUAUGUGUUUAAUGAUUGUUUUCUUUGCAAUUUUUAACGACGAAAAAAUGUGAAGUUGUAAUGUCAAACCAUAAUAAUUAUAAUAUACAUAUGGUUUGUACAUUUUAAAUGCGUUUUAUGAAGUUAUGAGUUUUUGAUUUCUUUCUUUUCUUUUUUAUAUUAUUUACACAAAUUAUAUUUUUGACAUAAGUGAUAGGUUUGAAAAUCAACCAUCUGCUAUUUUGACAACAAAUGUUUACUUUUUUUACCAUACAUUUUAUUGCUGAGUUAUUCGACUAAAGACUUUAAACAUGUUGAAUCAAGUGUUUAUUUUUAAUGUAAUCUUUUGUAGCCGUUGACUUUUGACUGAAAUUACGGGACUGAUAUGUGUGACAUGUCUGUUAAGUGACGCAGAUUUAUUUAAUUCUGUAUCAUAAACGUGCUUCGUUGAUAACAUUGUUGUGACUUUAGGAAACGAAUUGCUGAUUUCAGAAGUAAUCUUCCUAAACCUUGAACUACAAUCAUUAUAUAUUUUAUUUGAAUAGAGUUGACUUUUGAACCAACGUUUGAAAAUGAAUAAUAUGAAAAGGUAUGAUGUGUAUUUGAUAAUGAGUACUGUAAGUCAUUUUCAUUUCACAAUUUCAACUGUUAAAAUACAUAAACAAUGUUUGGCCUGGAAUAUUUUUAUAGUGAGAGUAUUGUAUUAGUUCUGUUGAUCCUUUCCAAAAGAUGAUGCAAAACAAUAAAGCGAAUUGACAAAAAAAAUAUGUAUUCAUAAAUUAAAUUAACACUGGUCGUAACAUAUGAACAACUCCGUCCAUACAUUUAUACUUGUGUUUUCUUGUUAUGUUUUUAUAUGAUUUUUUUUUUAUUAAAUUGUUAAAACUA